AUGUCAUCAACUGGUGAUUUCGUCGAACUAGUCAAAAGAUCAGGUAAUCGAGCCGUUCAUGUCAAUCCUCCUCACGGGGUAGAUAUUCAUCUAACAGAACAUGGUUCAGAUUGGUUAUGGUCUGUAUAUUCUGUAUAUGGUGUUUUGGCUAUCAUGUAUGCCUGCUUCUUCUUUUAUCAACAAUUUAAGAGUGGUUCGCAAUUGGUGAGAUAUACAAUGGCAGGUCCAUUCUUAAUCUCACUUUUCCAAUUUUUCCAAUACUAUACAUAUGCUUCUAACUUGGGUUGGACUGCCAUUCAAGCUGAAUUCAAAGGUGAGGAUAUUUCAGAUCCUGUCACAGAUUUGUCUCCACAAGUUAGACAAAUCUUUUAUGCUAAGUAUGUCUCGUGGUUCUUAUGCUGGCCAAUUCAAUUAUUCAUGUUUGAAUUAGCUGGGUUUACUAUUAAGAAUUCUGUUGAAUUUUACUCUACUUGGGAAAUGAUUCAUUCUUUAUUAGUACAAAUCAUUGGGUUUGAAUAUUGGGUCAUUUCAUUGUUAGUUGGUUCUUUGAUCCGUUCCAGUUAUAAAUGGGGUUACUGGACCAUGGGUGCUUUCGUCAUGCUUGUUGUGUUAGGUAUCCAAUUCAAGAGACAAGUCUUUGAUUUGAAAUUAAGAGGUGUUUCAUUGGGUAUGUAUUGUACUGCCAUUAUUGUCAUUUUGUUAUAUUUCGUCUGUUGGGGUUUAGCUGAUGGUGGUAAUGCCAUUUCUCCAGAUAGUGAAUCUGUCUUUUACGGUGUCUUGGAUUAUUGUAUCUUUGCCAUUUGGACUGGUUAUUUGUGCUUUAUCAUUUGCAGAUACGGUGAAUGGCCACAAGUGAACAAUGCUGUAGGCCAAGAAAAGAACUUAUUCCCUGCCAAAGAUGUAGCUGUAGAAUCUCCAAGAGCUUCUGGUGAUACUGCCUAUGUAGACACUGAUAUUGAAAACACCGACAAUGAAGAACCUGAACAAGUUGAAGAAGGUGUUCAUUCAGAACAAAAUUCUAUGAAUCAAGUCUCUGACAGAGUUUGA